AUAAAUAGAAUGUGGACAGUGUGGACGCUAUCUUUGAUGUGCACUCAUAUUCUUUGAAUCGGCAUAUAAAUCGGCAAUAUAUAUAUAUAUAUACAUAUAUUUAUGUACGACAUACAUAUCUAUAUGUAGCUAAACUUUAUUCAUUCGAGGUCAUUAUUUAAAUAAGUACGGUCCGAAUUUAAUUUUAUUUCGUAUCUUAAAUUUAAGUUGCAGCAAUUCACUUGCAAAUUUCAUAAAUUUAAAAAAAUAUUAACUGUGAGAAUUAUACUUGAUUUUAUCGUAAGCAAUGGAGUCUGAGGGCGUGAUCGAAGAUGUGGACGUUCAAGCUAAGAUUGCUGAGCAGGAAGUUAACAAUGCGGAAGUUGAGACAGAUGGAAAAGCUCAUAAGGAUAUUAAUAAUCAAAUUGAAAACAUUAUAUCUGACAUUGAUAUCAAUAUAAAGGCGCAAGAAAAGAUAACUCAGCUCAAGGAGCAGGAGCUUCAACUCAUACAGAAGCAGCAGGAGUUGGCCAAUCAAAUACAGCAGCAACAGUUGCUGGCUCAAAGGCUCAUUGCCCAGAAUCGAUUGCAGGAACAAGAGUUGCAACAACAGCAAAUGCAACAGCAGCAACUGCCACAGCAGCAGCAGCAUCAGCAGUUCUUGCCUCAGCAGGAGGCAGCUCCAAAACUAACGCAGGAAUAUACAAAAUCUUAUAGCCGCCAAGAAGAUUCCUACGACUCAAAGGAAUCAUCAAACAUGUCGAGGACAUUUGAUUUGCGCAAAAUAUUUACUCCAGCUACCGAUGCACCCCAAAUAUUGCCCAAGAACCGAAAGCUAUAUGCCUCAUCGGCAUUUUAUUCGCCAACACUGCAUCCCACUGUGGAGGACCAGGUUGAGCUCGCUCGCCGAAUCUCACAUUCAUUGAGUGACAUUAGCAAUCAGAAAUCAAAGGGUCAAUCAAUGUAUGUGAAUCGGAAGAAACGCUCUGUUAAAUGGGUACACGAGGCUAGUGGUCAAGGAGAAGAUGAUAUAAUUGAAACGCAAUCAUUAAAUAAAGAAAAUGCCGAAUCAAAUUUGAUGAUGACGGAACUAACCAAGCCGCCGGAAAAAACGCCAUUAAAACUUGUCAUGAAUCCACGGGGUCAAAUGCGCGACUAUAACUCACUGAAAGAAUCGAUAAAUAUUGAAUCGGGCCUCUUAUCACCUGACAAUUGCGCUGAGCUAAUAACUGCGCUGCAACUGCAUAAGGGCCGAGGAGCUGAGCUCUUUGCCAAACGUCGUAGAAAGGCGGAAAAUUGGGUAGUCGAUGAGACAAAUGCCGGCAUUUACAGUCCGUCUGGUCUUCCAGAUUACCAACAAUAUCAGGCAAGACCCCCAACUUCUCCCAAUCUCCUACCCGCCUAUUCGGAUGCGGGCAAGCAUCGUGUCCAGCUAAAUCUGCAUCAGGAUCAACUGAUUGAGAAAUAUUCAAAGCCCGGCGUUCAAGUUGUGAAGUCCCCUUGGGAAGCGGCUCUUCAGACCGGUUCGGCAAGCACAGCAUUUUUGGAUGGUUCCAAUUAUCGCAGCCAGACACCAACAGCUUCACUGGCAUCACCGGUGAACUUUAAUCAGGAUGUCAUCGAUUACCACCAGGGCUUACCAUCGGCAUCCAAGUGCAGUCCAUCGCCUUGCAUCGAACAGAAUCUCUUUAAUAAAACGAAAUUUGAUACACCAAUUCAGGCGUGCAAUCCCCAGAGGGAACUGGCUUAUAAGCCAACUGUGGCCCAGGGCUGGGGCGGUCGAAACGUUGAAUUACCAAGAGAAUAUUAUUCUCAAGAGUGGGAAACCCAGAAUAUCGAUAAUAUAAAUGAAUAUGUUCUAGCUCGGAAUUCCAACGAUGACAUUCAGCAGCGGCUACAACAAUUAGAACAAUUUCAGCAAUGCUUUAUGCAACAGCAAAGAAUGGCUGCUCUUAAUAGGGAUUAUAAAAAUAUAAUAACUAUUGAUAGAGGUCAACAAUCUAAAUAUAUUAAUCCAAUAAAUAUAAAAAAUACUCUUUCAAAUACUACAACUAUGCCAGCACCAAGUAAAGUAAUAUUAACAGAGAGUGCAGCAGAUACAGACGAUGAUAUUAAUGAACCAGUUAAUGUUCGUGAAUUGAUUUAUUCAUUUGAGCAACAAUCGCUAAAAGAACAGGAAGAAUUGCGAAUAAAUCGAUGGCAAAAGCGAAUGAGCGAAGACAAUUGCGAAUUGGAAAAGGAGUUAAAUCAAAGCGAAGGCUUAUAUGUGCCCAAGGAAAUCUCAUUAUCGAGCUAUGCACCUCCGCCCGUCCAGUCGAGGGAUCAGCAGCAGCGCAGCUAUAAUUUCCCGGGCUCAACCAACGUUGACUAUUCGCAGAGCUAUCAAAAUUCGCCGACUGAGUUUCCCAUAUCGACCCCAACGAACCCAUAUUCAUCAGUGCCACCCAAACAACAAUUGUACGGCCCACAAAGUUACCAGAAGGUGCCGCCCAUCUCGAUGCAAUCAGCACCCCAGGUCAAUUUUAAUCCUUCACCAUUGUCCUUUGAUAAGUUGGCGAAAUUUCAGGAAUCGGCUCCAAAUCAACUAUAUCUGAAUGUGAACAAUCAGAUGUCAAGAUAUGGUAGCGGUGUACGCAAUGCAUCUCCAACUCCCUUUGGAUCUACUGGCAAUAUUGAUCAUCGAUCAACGCCAAUAAAAUCGCCGCAACAGCAUUUUGGCGGCUAUGGUCAGAACAUUACACACAGCGCCCCACUAACAAUGUCGCCUAAAGUGCGUUCCGCUCCAGGUCAGUGCUUUAAUAAUAGCGCACGGGGCUGGAGCGCAGGUUCGACGGUGCCCCAACGAAAUAUCUAUUGCCCAAGGGUUCCAGUUGUUGCAGAGGGUCUGCCCUAUUCUGACUUUUAAAGUAACGAAAGUUUUGGACAUUUUUUAAGCGAUUUACGAAUUACGACUUGCUUUCUAUCUUUAGUUCAACAAUAAAUCUAUAUACCAUAUAUCAAAUACCUAACGGUUUAUGUGUAUAUGCUCUUGUUAAAUAUAUACGAUAAUAUAUAUAUAUAUAUAUAUAUAUAUAUAUAUGUUUAUAUUCAUUGCGAUUGUUUAUUUGCGUCUUUUAAAUAAUAAUAAAUAAUUAUGAAAA